AUGGCAACGAAAUCUGGGGAAGGAUCAGACCUGGCUCCCACCAGCUCAGACCAAGAAAAGGGUGAAGUCUCCCAGCUUGAACAUGUUUCAACCCAGGACAAUGUCCCUGGCAAAGGCAACUAUUACGAGAAAGAUGGGUUGCGAACAGAAGGAGAUGGUGCUCCACACCAAGACCUACCCAUGACCAAUAAGACAAAGAUGGCUCUAGUUGCCCAGGCUUUCCUAUGGACCGGGUCUCAGAUCCCUGUAUACCUCUUCGGCGGCGUGCCACCAUAUAUCUACGGGGAACUCGGUGGCACUGAUCGCUGGGUAUGGUUUGUGCUUGCCAAUCUCCUGUCGCUUGCGGCCGUCUGCCCUUUCGUUGGUUCAAUGUCAGAUCUUCUCGGUAGGCGCUAUGUAGCUAUCAUGGGUGCAUCAUUCAUCGUGCUGGGCAUGAUAAUCUGCUCUACAGCCAAAGAUAUGAAUGCUUUCAUCUGUGGCAUGGUGUUCGCCGGAGUUGGAGCUGGUAUCAACGAGCUUACGGCCCUGGCUGCCACAUCCGAAUUAGCUCCAACUUCAAAGCGAGGUAUAUACGUCGGAGCUCUGAUAUUCACCAUCGUGCCAUUCUGUCCCUCGGUUCUAUGGGCACAACUCAUCGCGUAUCACUCCUCUUGGAGAUACUUGGGCUUGUUUUGUGCACUGUGGGCCUUUAUUGGGUUGGUACUGACUGUGGUAUUCUACUUUCCCCCACCAAGAGUCAACUCGGAAGGUCUAAGCCGACGCGAGGUGCUCAGUCGCAUUGACUAUAUGGGAGGGUUCUUGAGUAUCACAGGCAUGAUUUUAUUCAUGGCUGGGAUGCAAUGGGGUGGUUAUCAGUACGAGUGGUCUUCUGCGCACGUCCUCGCUCCAUUGAUACUUGGACUCGCUCUACUCAUAGGUUUCGUCGUCUGGGAAGCCUACUUCGCACAAUACCCAAUGUUCCCACGCCGCCUUAACCAAGCGCCAUCCAUUCUGAUCUGGACACUGGUCAUCACCUUUAUCUCAGGCGCCAACUUUUUCUCGAUUCUUAUGUUCUGGCCCGUCCAGGCAUUCAAUGUCUACGGACAUGACCCGAUCGGAGUUGGUGUCCGAGGUCUCCCCGUCGGCUUCGGAAUCAUGGUUGGCGCUGUCGUCGUCCUGGUGCUGCUUUCAGUCUUCAGGGGUCAGAACAAAACCUUGAUGAUAGCAUCGUCCGUCCUCAUGACAGCCGGCUGUGGCGCCAUUGCCGUUGCAGAUGUCGACAACUUGUCUCAACUCUGGGGAAUUCUAGUCAUUGCUGGACUUGGUAUUGGAGGAAUCGUCGUCCCUGCAUCCAUCAUCACUACCAUCAUAUGCCCAGAUGAUCUCAUUGCCACAGUCGCUGCAUUAACUCUCAGCAUUCGUGUGAUUGGGGGCAGUAUUGGGUACUGCGUUUACUUCAACAUAUUCGUGUCUAAGUUUGGGCCUGCGGCAGUUCACCACAUUGGGGGUACGCUGAUGGAAGCGGGCAUCAACUCAACCGCAGUCAUCGCAGAAGUCAUUGAGCUUACCUCGGAGAGUCUGAUCGACCGUAUAGCUGACAUUCCCGGGAUAGCUGGUAACCAAGCACUGUAUGACGCAGUCGUCAGAGCUGGGCAAGUGGCCUACGCUGAGUCGUAUAAGUGGGUGUACUACGCCAGCGUCGCGUUUGGUGGUGUGUCCAUUGUGGCUGCGCUCUUUUUGGGAGACAUUAGCAAGUUCAUGGAUGACCACGUUGCCGUAAUGAUGUAG